AGAAUCUCAACCUUCCACAUCAAAUGAUAGAUUAGUUAUAGUUCAUAGCACUCCUCAAGUACAAACUAGUGCUGAACAACCAAUCAUUGAAAUUCCACAAGUUGUUGAUAGUAUUCUAAUAGAUCAAGCAGUUCAGGAAUUACAACAAGCUCCUGAACAACUAGUUGAACCACAAGUUCCUCAAGGAACCAUUGGUACAACAUUAAGAAGAUCUACUAGAAAUAAAAGAUCAGCAAUUCCUGGUGAUUAUGUUGUAUAUCUACAAGAAUCUGACUAUAAUAUUGGAGCAAAAAAUGAUCCUGAAACAUUUUCACAAGCCAUGAGUUGCAAAAAGUCAAAUUUGUGGCAUGAUGCUAUGAAAGAAGAGAUGAAUUCCAUGAUGAGCAAUGGAGUCUGGGAUCUUGUAGAGUUGCCUAAUGAAGCAAAGGCCAUUGGUUGCAAAUGGGUCUUUAAAACUAAGAAAGAUUCGUUAGGCAACAUUGAGAGAUACAAGGCAAGACUUGUUGCAAAGGGAUUUACUCAAAAAGAGGGAAUCGAUUAUACGGAGACAUUUUCUCCUGUAUCUAAGAAAGAUUCUCUGCGUAUUAUUUUAGCAUUAGUUGCUCAUUUUGACCUUGAGUUGCAACAAAUGGAUGUGAAAACAGCAUUUCUUAAUGGAGAUAUAGAGGAAGAGGUUUAUAUGAAAUAACCUGAAGGUUUCUCCUCUAGUGUUGGUGAGCACUUGGUUUGCAAGCUUAGGAAGUCUAUAUACGGCUUAAAACAAGCCUCCCGCCAAUGGUAUUUUAAAUUUCAUGAAGUGAUUUCUUCAUUCGGAUUUGUUGAAAAUCUCAUGGAUCAAUGCAUAUACCAGAAGGUUAGUGGGAGUAAAAUAUGUUUCCUUGUUUUAUACGUAGAUGAUAUUUUGCUUGCAACCAAUGAUAAGGAUUUGCUGCAUGAGGUGAAACAAUUUCUUUCUAAAAAUUUUGACAUGAAGGAUAUGGGUGAAGCAUCUUAUGUCAUUGGCAUUAAGAUCUAUAGAGAUAGACCUCGAGGCAUUUUAGGUCUAUCACAAGAAACCUAUAUUGAUAAACUUUUAGAAAGAUUUCGGAUGAAGGAUUGUUCACCAAGUGUUGCUCCCAUUGUGAAAGGUGAUAGGUUCAAUUUGAACCAAUGCCCAAAGAACAAUUUUGAAAGGGAAUCAAUGAAAAACAUCCCAUAUGCUUCUGUCGUAGGAAGCCUUAUGUAUGCUCAGGUUUGUACUAGACCUGAUAUUGCAUUUAUUGUGGGGAUGCUAGGUCGAUAUCAGAGUAAUCCAGGUAUGGACCACUGGAGAGCUGCAAAGAAAGUGAUGAGGUAUCUACAAGGAACCAAAGAUUACAUGCUUAUGUAUAGACAUACAGACAAUCUGGAUGUGAUUGGUUACUCAGAUUCAGAUUUCGCCGGUUGUGUUGAUUCUCGUAAAUCAACAUCAGGAUAUAUUUUUAUGAUGGCCGGUGGAGCUAUUUCUUGGAGAAGCGCUAAGCAGACCUUGACUGCUACUUCUACCAUGGAAGCUGAGUUUGUCUCCUGCUUUGAGGCUACUUCACAUGGUGUAUGGCUUAAGAGUUUCAUUUUUGGGCUUAGAAUCAUGGAUUCUAUUUCUAGGCCAUUAAGAAUUUUCUGUGACAAUUCAGCUGCUGUCUUUAUGGCUAAAAACAAUAAAAGUGGAAGUCGAAGUAAACACAUCGACAUUAAGUAUCUAGCCAUAAGAGAACGUGUAAAAGAAAAGAAAGUGAUCAUUGAACAUAUUAGCACUGAAUUGAUGAUUGCUGAUCCUUUGACUAAAGGCAUGCCACCUCUGAAAUUCAAGGAUCAUGUAGAGAAAAUGGGACUUGGUUCCACUUUGUAAUGAUAUUGAAACUCUUAUAUAUAUUGUGAAAUUUUCUCAUUCAUGCGCAUAUUAUUUUGAGAAAAUAUAUUGUUGUUGGACCAAGAAUAAACAUAAGGUUUAUUCAUUAAGUAAUAUUACCAUAUUAAGAUUAAGAAACUAAAUACAUCGUGAUACAUGGAUGAUAAUACUCGCUUUUAGAGGACUUAUCGCUAUGAUUCGUGUAUUUAUUUCUUAAGAAAGUUGUUCAAGAAAAAUUAAUUCAAAUUAUUAAGAUAGACGUAUGGACCAAGUGGGAGAAUGUAACCGUUAUUAUUAAAUAUCUAAUUUAAUAAUAAUAUAAUUGUUAUCAUUAAGAUUCAUAAUUGAUUAUCAUGAAUUUCUUCAUUAAUUAUGGUUUAAAUGAUUUCAGUUUUUUAUUCUUUAAACAUGAAACCGUUAUUAUUAAAUUAAAUAUUUAAUAUUAUUAAAGUUUUUCAUUAUGGUCCAAACGUUACAAAUCUGAAUUAAUUCUUGAACGUUAUGAUUUGGUGAUGAUAAAUGUUCUUGAUGGGAGAACAACUAUAUAUACAUGAGGAUUUUGGUCCCUUGGUUCAAUCAUCUCUUUGAAGCGAAAGGCUUUCCUACACCAUCUAAAGUGAGAGUUCUGAGCCGAGAAGAACCAAAGUUCAAGAAGAAACCUUUGCAGAAAUUCUUGGCGACAAUGGCUGGAGGUACGCUAUUUCGUUUCCGCAUUUGUUUAUUGUGUUUCUAUUACAAUGAUUUAGAAACACAAGUUGGCUUCAUCAAAAUUUCUUACACAAAAUUCAUGGGAAGAAUACCUGCUCGGCUGGGGAACCUUUCGAGCCUCUACGUUCUUGAUCUAAGAGCUGCUUUACGUUUUGCACCCCUUGUUGACAACCUCGACUGGCUCUCCCAUCUUACCUCCCUGAAGCACCUGGACUUGAGCGGGUUGAAGCUAACCGAUGUCCCAGAUUGGUUCUCAUCGGUGAACAUGCUGCCUUCCCUCCAAGUGUUAAGUAUGUCUUCCGUUGGUCUCAACACCAUCCCAGCUUCUGUUGUCCACGUCAACUUCACCUCCUCUCUUACUGUCCUUGAUCUCUCCUUCAAUAAUUUCAACUCCAUCUUACCCAAAUGGUUGGGGAAUAUUAGUAGUCUUACCCAUCUUGAUCUCCAUUAUUCUGGGUUCUAUGGCGUUAUUCCUGAUGCAAUUGGAGACUUGGGCAGACUGAAAGAAUUACAUAUGCCGGGCAACCAAUUGACAGGAAAUUUGAGCGGUUGGUUGGAGCAAAUGACGAAUCUCAUCAUUUUGGAUCUCCGAUCUAAUUUAUUCAACGGUUCCAUGCCUUCCUCCUCCGUUGGUAAGUUGUCUAAUCUCACUGAAUUGUAUCUCGGUGGAAAUUCUCUGGGAGGUGUCAUUUCAGAAGUUCAUUUUGAGAAUCUUACGAGAUUGCAAGUAUUAGACUUGUAUGACAACUCCAUCACCAUAUCCAUUAGACAGAGUUGGUUCCCCCCUUUCCAACUCAGAUUAGUAUAUCUAACCAAUUGUCAGUUGGGACCUCAAUUUCCAGAUUGGUUGCAGUUCCAAACACAGAUGGAAGAAUUAUAUUUGGCAGACUGUAAAAUUGCAGGGACAAUGCCCGCUUGGUUUUGGAAUAUUUCAUCUUCUACCAUCAUAUUUUUAGACCUUUCGAACAACCAGAUAAGAGGCAAGCUGCCAUCUUCUUUAAAGUUCACCAAGUUGGAAAGAUUACAUUUGGAAUCCAACAGAUUUGAAGGUCCAUUGCCAACGAUAUUACCGUCUACACUCGAUACUCUAUACCUCUCCAAUAAUUCCUUUACAGGGCAAUUGCCGAUAUGGCCCCAUGUUAGAUUGGUGUCAAUCUCUGAUAACAUGCUUGACGGUGGCUUAUCUUCAUCAAUCUGCCAAUGACAUAUCUCGAAUACCUUGACCUUUCGAAUAACAAAUUACUUGGUGAGAUCCCUUAUUGUCUGGGAAAAUCAAUACAAAAUCUUCAGUUCUUAGAUUUGGGCAACAACCACUUGUCGGGUGAAAUUCCACACACA